CGGCCCUGAGGACGUGUGCACGCUGCCUUCGCGGCUCCUGGGCCUUGAGAUGCGCGGCUCGCGGGCCCGUGCCAGCUCCAGGUGCGUGAGGAGGAUUUCAAGAACCCAGACAUCUGUGGAGUGUAAGAACACCAUGGAGCUCAUCAGAGUAUAUCACUGAAGAAUAUGAUGGCUGAAAACAAUUUGAAAAUGCUAAAGAUUCAACAGUGUGUAGUAGCCAACAAACUACCUAGAAACAGGCCAUAUAUUUGCAAUAUUUGCUUCAAGCAUUUUGAAACACCCUCAAAAUUAGCUAGGCAUUAUCUCAUUCAUACUGGUCAAAAGCCAUUUGAAUGUGAUGUGUGUCAUAAAACCUUUAGACAACUAGUUCAUCUGGAAAGACAUCAACUAACUCAUAAUCUGCCUUUUAAAUGUAGUAUUUGUCCACGCCACUUUAAGAAUCUGAAGACAUUCGUGAAGCACCAACAGCUUCACAAUGAAACUUACCAGAAUGAUGUUAAACAGGUCAGAAGACUGCUGGAGGCCAAGCAAGAAAAGCCAGUGUAUGGAAUGUAUCAUGCUCUUACCACAGAGGAGAGAUGGGCAUUACACCCGUGCUCCAAGUCUGAUCCUACACACAGCCCUACAAAGAAAAAAAAGAAUAUUCACGCGUGUACAAUCUGUGGCAAGCUGUUCCCAUCACAGUCAAAACUUGAUAGGCAUGCACUUAUUCAUACUGGUCAGAGGCCUUUUAAAUGUGUCCUGUGCAGUAAAUCUUUUCGACAGUCAACUCACUUAAAAAUCCACCAACUCACACAUUCAGAGGAAAGACCUUUUCAAUGUUGUUUUUGUCAAAAAGGAUUUAAGAUUCAAAGCAAACUUCUGAAGCAUAAACAAAUCCAUGCCAGGAAUAAGACUUUUCAGACUCUUUCAUUAAAGGUGAAGAGUCCAGAAUCAGGCCCCCUGCCUAAUAAAUUAAAUGCAAAGCAGGAUAGUUUUGAAAACGGUGAUAUACGUGAAUCUGAGGAGAAUAAUCAACUUGAUGUCCACUCUAUUUAUAUUGUCCCUUUUCAAUGUCCAGAGUGUGAAGAAUGUUUUGAAUCAGAGCAGAUUCUCAAUGGACAUAAGUGUUUUCCUGCCAGAAGUGGCAAAAUUCCAAGCAGGCUCAAAAGAAGCUACAACUAUAAAACCAUUGUUAAAAAAAUCUUGGCUAAGCUUAAACGUGCUGGGGGUAAAAAAUUAGAUAAUUUUCGAUCUGAGAAAAAAGUAUUUAAAAACAGUUUCUUGAAAAAUUGUGAUCUUAUUUCUGGUGAGCAGAGCCCUGAACAAACCCAGAGAACGUUUAUGGGUUCUCUUGGCAAGCACGGAACAUAUAAGACAGUUGGCAAUAAAAAGAAGAAAACGUUGACUUUGCCAUUUUCUUGGCAAAAGCACUUCCAGAGCCAAAAUAUGGGAAAAAACGUAAAAGGUAUUCUUACACCAGAGAACAUGUUAACUAUGGAUAAUUCUGUGAAUAAUAAAGAUGUAUCUAUCUAUGGUUCAUCAGGUGAGGAAUUCUUUGAAAACUGCGAAGUGCUUCAGUGUGGUUUUUCAGUUACAAAUGAAAACAUCUAUACUGGACAUAAGAUGUGUCCUUGUGACAAAUGUGAGAAAGUGUUUCCUUCCGUAUCUAAACUACAAAGACACUAUUUAAUUCAUACUGGACAGAGGCCUUUUGGCUGUAAUGUUUGUGGGAAAUCUUUUAGACAGUCAGCUCACUUGAAAAGACAUAAAUUAACUCAUAUUGAUAAGAUUCCAUAUAGAAAAUCUCUUUGCCAAGUAGAAUUGGAAAAUUUGAACAAACUUUUCAUUCAUCAAGGUGAUAAUGUUAACUAUAGUGCUUCCCAACAAUGUCAGACUCUUGGUUUUCAAAAAUACGAGGUCUCAGAGUCAGAUCAAACAUCAGAAAUAAAAGUUAAGGCAGAAUCAGAGGAUUUCAUUCUUGGUACCCCCUAUAGGAACAGGCAGCCCUGUCUCUCUAGUGCACUUCUGGAAUCAGAGCAGAGCCAUCAUAGUCAUUGUUGUAGUUAUUCAGGGCGUACUGAGAGGAACGAUGGCCUUCUUUACCAAUGCAGUGUUUGUUCUAAAAGUUUUAGAUCCCCAUCUAAGCUGGAAAGACACUAUCUAAUUCAUGCAGGGCAGAAGCCAUUCGAAUGCUCAGUUUGUGGCAAAACAUUCAGACAGGCUCCACACUGGAAGAGACAUCAACUUACUCACUUUAAGGAAUGACCACAAGAGAAAAUGGUUGUCUUAAAGUCAGUUAUGUAAUUGACAGACCCACUAACACAUGUGUGGUCUUUCUGGUGACCUUGCUCUUUAGCCUGUAUCACUUACAAUGUAUUUGUAUCAAAAGACCUGCAUUAGAUUGAAUGAUUUCGUAGGCGCUUGCUUGUCUGCAUAGUCAGAGGUAAGAUACAUAGAAAUGUAAUACGUUUUAGGAA